AUGAUGCUCACCAAGCUCCAAACGCCCUCCUGCCGCGUGGCCACUAACAAGAGCGUGCGUGCGCACGGCGCUGGGUGCCCGUGCUGCGCGGGCCGGUCCCGGUCGGUGCGCGUGAGCGCUGCCGCGCCCUCGGCGCCCGGGGCUCAAAAGGACGGCCUGGUUCGCCUCAUUGACGAGGACAAGGUCCGCACCGUGCACAUUGCCGAGACCAUGCUGCCCACGCGUCAUGGCAACUUCCGCCUGCGCGGCUACAAGCACUCGACCGAUGGCGGCAAGACGUUCGCGGAGCCCACUGCCAUCAUCUGCGGCAAAGUGGAGGGCUGCGAGGAGGUUGUCCUGCGCGUGCACGAUGCGUGCUUCACCUCCGAGGUUCUAGGCUCCCUCAAGUGCGACUGCGCCGAGCAGCUGCAGAUGUCGAUGGAGUACAUCCACGCCAACGCCCCCGGCAUCGUGAUCUACCUCUGGCAGGAGGGCCGCGGCAUUGGCCUGGCCAACAAGAUUGCGGCCUACAAGCUGCAGGAGCAGGGGCUCGACACCGUCGACGCCAACCGCGCCCUCGGCCUGCCUGACGACAGCCGCGAGUACACCAGUGUGCGCAACAUCCUGGCGGAGCUGGGCGUCAAGAGCGUGCGGCUGAUGACCAACAACCCCCGCAAGAUCAACGUGCUGACCGCCCUGGGCGUCAAGGUCACCGGCCGCGUGCCCUGCCAGAUCCAGGCCGGCAACCACAACAAGGGUUACCUUGAGGCCAAGACCAUGCGCAUGGACCAUAUGAUCGACAAUUCCUACUGGACCCUCGACGAGGCUCCUGUGGCCCCUGCCCAGGCCGAGUAA